GGAUCGGGGAAACGAUGACAUGUGAACCCUGUGGCCCCGGAGAGUACGGAUAUAAUUGUUCUAUACAGUGUCCAAAUAAUACCUAUGGUUAUCUUUGCUAUGGGACAUGUAACUGCAGUCCUGACGAAUUUUGUGAUCGACGAUUUGGAUGCAACAGUUCCAUUUUCACUACAGCUGAUUCUGAGAGAAUGGUGGGUGUUGAUACAAACUAUUUCCUGGAGAAGUUAUCGAUGUUUUUAUUGGUUUCCUUGGCGUCAGUGGUCAUCUUCAGUUUUCUCUGUUCCAUUUUUCUCAUAAAAAUAAGUAAAAGGCAUUACAAGCGAGAAUUGCAACGAAUGAUAAGUAAUGUAUCGGAAGAGAGAUCUGAUCCUGUACACGAAUACUUUGGUUAUGACACCAUGGACUCCAUGUCUGCCAUUCCUCGACUCCCAGCUGCCAACACUUACGAUCACACCGACAGAGGGGAAUACAACAUUUUAUCGCUAUCACAGAGGGCAUAUAUUGGUGACGUUGAUACCUCUCCUGUGACGUCAUUUCACAGACAGAAUUCAAAAACAGAGAUGAAUGAUAAUAAAAGCUUAGAAAUCGAUAUUGAACCAGAAUGUUUGAUAAAUCUAUUUCAAGAAGAAAAUGACGAUUUAUUGAACGAUGGAAAUGAAUCAGAAACAAUAUUCAAACUAUAUUCUAAGUAGGAUAUAAAAGUUAUUAUAAAGAUUACAAGCAUAUUUUUGAGGAUGAUCAAAAUCUUUAUAAUGUAAUUCCGCUGAUGUUUUGGUGAAAUUAGA